CCACCAGCUCGCUCAUACUGAAGAGAAACCGUACAUGUGUGAAUAUUGCGUUCACUCAAUUAAGGCAACUGAAAAUCCACAGACGCAGCCACACCAGAGAGAAACCUUUCAGCUGUGACCAGUGUGAGAAAGUUUUUUCCUCUCAUGGUGUUUUGAAAGUCCACAAGCGUGUCCACUCUGGAGAGAUCAGCUGUGAUCAGUGUGGAAAGGCGUGCACCACGGCGAAGGACCUCAUAAUCCACCAACGCAUUCACACUGGCGAGAAACCCUACGGCUGCGAUCAGUGCGCGAAAACGUUCACUACGCCAGGUAGCCUGAAGAUCCACCGACGCACUCACACAGGUGAGAAACCAUACGGCUGUGAUCAUUGCGGAAAGGCGCCUCGACCGCUGACACAGAGACAAAGGCCGCUGGGGGGAGUCGAGCCCAGGACCUUCUACGUAUAUUCAAUUACAUUUUCUCCCAUUCAAGAAACUUGUAAAAUCAAAUACGGCAACAUAACCAUUUCUGUUUUAUUAUAUGUUUGAACUUGUCAUUUUUACAUUUGCAGUAUUUCAUUUGAUCUUCUCGAUUUGUUUUAGAAUAUUGUAUUUUAGAUUCAUCUAAUUUGGCUUGAUUUGAAUUUUAAACUAUUUUAGAUUUGAGUAAAAUCAAUAGUGUAAAGCUCGGGACAUGAACUGCACACACGAACACUCUAAUAGUUCAUUAAUCAGCACUCUGAACAUUUCUAAUGUGAAACGCUGCUGUCACUUCUCUCUGAGACCAAUAUUCUUGUGACCAAAUAUGGAGCAAUUUAUUCAGCCAAAUGUUUGGACAUGUUUCCAUAUCUGAGUAAAGUAAAUAUAAAGCACUUUAGUCCGUUUUCUCAAAUUUGCCCUCCCCUUCAGCUUUAAAUAUUCAGCGUUUUAAAGUCAACUGUCUUUGCUUCUCAUCGACUGCCUCGCAGCUCUAAAUGUCCUUGUUGCUGAUUCAGUGAAGUCAUUAUCAAGAUCAAACAUCCUAAAAAAAUUCUGCCGGAGGCGUCGAAACAUUUAAAUCAUUUGAGAUGAAACGUGUGACAGAUCAAAGAGUGGAUUAUUGACUCAUGGAGGAGGAAGGAGAAUAUUAACGGUCUACAGAUAGAAACCAUCCACUCACACCGAUAUCUAACUCCACAUUAGAUCAAAACCAUCAACGGCUCCCACCACCAGGUCAAUUCAUCACGAUCGACACGUUAACAGCACAAGUCUUCACCUCGUUGUCUUUACUCGGUGUCCUGUUCUCCAGAACUAACAAAUCAACUUCCUGUUGGCACCACCAUCGCCUGCUCAGCUGCCUUGUCAUGUUAGCAUGAGACGUAGCAUGCAACGUAGCAUUAGAUGUCAAAUCGGUUGUAGCAUUAAGUACAUUUAGCAAAAUAUAAAGCACUAGACUCAGUUGUAGCAUGAGAUGCAGCACUGUGUCCCAAAGGUUGAGGCUACUUGGUGGCAAAUCAAACUUUUAUAAGGGACAAUCUAAAUAUAAUAAGGGUUCAACUUCUUGACAGCGGAUAUUUGUCUUUGUUCUUUUCUCACACACCUCAAGCCAAAGUGUGUUUGUCUUUUGGGUGGAAACCCGUCCUUUCUGUGUUUGCUCUGAUUAUCAAACAUAUGGAAAUAAUGUCGACACUUGAGCCCCGCAGACACGUCGACGCUCUGCCAAUGUCCCCAAAAAGUAUAAAAGGAAGAGCCACUUGAGAGUCAGACUGAAGAGCAAAGAGGAACCAGAACUAUCUGUGGUCCAGAUCCAGAAGGUCUGAGAGAGGCGUGAGUCAUGCGUCUAUCCGUGUUAACUACUUCCCUGCUGCUGGUGGACAUCCUGAGCUCUGUCACAGGCCGGCCUAAAGACAGUGUUGCUCAGCUCAUAUGUCGUGACGUGGUGAAGCCCUGCGGUGACGGAUGGAGCCGCAUCGAUGAAAAGCGCUGCGCCAAAUACUUUACGACUCCAAAGGCCUUCAAAGACGCAGACGCACAUUGCAAAGCCUCAGGAAGUGAACUGGUGUCGGCCCACAACGAUGACCAGUUGAGGAGAGUGGUCUGCAUCACCAUUCUCGCCGACUCGGAGAGGAAGCCCUUCUGGAUCGGAGCCAAGCGAUCCGGGGAGGGGUUCGUGUACACCGAUGGAUCUAAGGUCGACUAUUCUCAAUGGUUCCCCGGUCAGCCGGACAACUUUUCCGGUCAAGAGGACUGCGUCGAGGUCAACCACAAAAAGUGGGGACUCUGGAAUGAUGACGACUGCUCGGAUGAGAUUAAUUUCAUGUGUGCCAAGAACAUGUGAUCCUUCCGCAGCUGAUGUUCAGUGAGGCUCAUGAAGACCACUGAGAACACAAGUUCUUAACUUUGCUGCAAUAAACGCU